AUGAGUGGUCUCGAGAUUGUCGGCGUCGUCCUAGGCGCGAUCCCCAUCACCAUAGCGGCCAUCGAAUUGUACCAAGAGAGGCAAACUCGCAUCGCGUUCCGAAACAAGAAACCAUAUGUCCUUCGACUGAUUCAGGCCCUCAAAGAGCAGCACUACCUCCUCAAGAGUGAUAUCCAGUUGACACUGAAUGGCGCUGGCGUGGAGUAUAAUAAUCCCGCCCACCAACCCGUUGGAGCGAUGCUUCGGGACCCAGCCGUUGCGAAUGCAGUGAAGGACUAUCUGGGAGACGACUCGGAGAUCUAUUUUGGGGCUGUGAACGCCUGCUACAUAGCUUUGGCUAGGCUUGUCGGACGCAUCCAAGGGCUAGGUGCGGUGACAGACCUUGAGAACCUGGUCAGAACCUAUACAGGCAGCGCGCUGCCAGAGAAGAUCCGAUUCUCCGUCAAGCGUGACGAACUGGAGAAGCAGAUAUGGUACCUCAACAUGGCGACCACAUCUCUGAGGAGGAUUAGUGACAACAUGGUUGCGCUGAAGAUACAAGUAGCCAUAGAUUCAUCCUCACGGCAGAUUGCCAGAUUUGCCUCGGCGUUGGGGACUGUCAGAGAUUACGCAAAGCGCUUGUACUCAGCGGUCUCGGCGGCAUACCCAGGCCCGUGCCACGCCCAUCACGAAGCGAGGUUAUUCCUUUGCAGUCGUUCCAACCUCAUGGACAGAACAACGAAUGCCACGCGGCGGAGGAAUUUCUCGUUCACCGUGCUGCUUUCGCCCGCCAUGUCGACUUCAACCCUGACGGCUUCAUACAGGACAGAUAUCAAGGUCGCGGAGGUCGGCGAGGCUCCCACUGGACACAUAGGCAAUACAGGUCGGACAAGGGUUGUGAUCCGGCCACCCACUCCGCCUGCCACGGCCGCGCCCCUGCGAUCGGCGAUGGAUGACUUAUGCAAGGGCAUACAACGAGCCCGAGACGGAGGAAUAAUGCUGGACUUGCAGGUAUCGGAAACCAACUGUUUGACGUACUGUUAUCAGCAAGGCCCAAGUGCAAGCUGUUCAGUUCACCUGGAGGUAGAAUCGACGGGUUUCGUAACGCUGGAGCGGCUUCUCGCAAAGACAGAGCGGCAAUGGUUGCUUAACCAUAGAAUAGCCCUGUCGCUUACAAUUGCCUCCUCGCUGCUUCAAUUGAUAUCGACGCCCUGGCUUCAAUUGCCACUGACAAGCCGCACCGUGCGGUUUUCCAAAAGUGGCGUCGAUGUUGCGGCGCUCGAUUUCUCGAUGAUCCCGGAGCCCUUUGUGGAAGAACUGUUCCACAAGCCAACAACAGGGACAGUCGGUAAUGCACGGGUGGGUGUCAGGGACUGUAUGCUUGAGCUCGGGAUUCUUCUGCUCGGGAUCGCGCACUGGAGGACGAUGGACGACUAUGCGAACGAGCGGACGAACGAUGGUCAGCCUGCUGCCAGGAGCCGGUAUGGUCUGGCCAAUGGAUGGACGGACGCGAGCACCUACUUGAUCCUACCAUUUCAACGAGAUGUGAUUAGAAGAUGUGUCGACUGCACAUUCGCAACCUCCGGUCCGAGCCUGGAGUGGGAUGACGUCGUGCUUCGCAAGUCGAUUGCGGAAUACGUGCUCAAGCCUUUGCAGGAGAACUGCCCCCAACAGCUGCGGUAG